CAAUGAUGUCUUACACCAUGGCUGGUAACUUUACUAUUAGGCUGUAUGCACAGUCAGCAUUGCAGAAAAUUUGGACCUAUUGUGAUCACAUGAAACUAACACAUAUACUAGACAGGUAUCCUGGUAUCAAAACAUGUGUGAAUUUCCUGGAGAGUAGUAGUCAUGCUGGAAAACUGAAAGAGAGAUUGCUGGGAAACUAUCUUUUUUUUAAAUUUGACCCAAUACAAGACUACAGUAUAGAGACUAUAUUCCAUAGCUUACCAUAUCUCUGUAAUGUUAUUGAUAAUGAAUUGAUAUCACCGGAGUCCUUUCAAUCUGUGGUAUCAGGUAGGCAGUUAUCGCUACCUUUGUUCAAUGCUAGAAACGAGCUCAAAACAUCCCAACCCGGCACAUGGAAAAUACGGGGACCAAUGGAUUAUACCAUUACCACUGGUGACACUGUUGAUGAUGACUUGAUGAGUGGAGAUGUUCAGAAAAAGAUAACACCAUGGUCAGAGACCUUGUUAGAUGAAGAUGUCAGCAGCGCCAGUAACCUAAGAAACAGGAAACGAGGACAACUCAUCUUGGUUACAUCAUUAAUAGAUAAAUUACCAAACUUAGGAGGCAUUUGCAGAACCUGUGAGAUAUUUGGUGUGGGUCAACUUGUGCUGGCAAGUUUGAAAUAUGCCGAGCAUAAAGACUUUCAAGGACUAAGUGUCACUGCAGAAAAAUGGAUACCCCUACGAGAGGUGAAAGCCAGUGCUUUGAAAGACUAUUUAUUAGAAGUGAGAAAAGAAGGAUAUACACUGAUUGGUGUGGAGCAAACUGCCAACAGUCACUGCUUAACACAAUACCAGUUUACAGAUAAGACUCUACUUCUACUUGGAAAUGAGAGAGAAGGCAUCCCAGUAGAGCUGAUACAGUUAUUAGAUAUGUGUGUUGAGAUCCCACAGUUAGGUGUGAUACGCUCCCUUAAUGUACACGUCAGUGGGGCACUAUUAGUCUGGGAGUAUACAAGACAACAAUUAUUGAAAGCAACAUAAAUAAAUCUCAUGUCAGUGGAGGGGGGGGACUAGUAAACUUUGCAUCUCCAAAUACAGAGAAAUUAUUCCAAACUGACAUUAUGGUUUGUUAAUCUUAACUUUUUAUUGGCAUUCAAUCAUGUACAUUUCUAAUAAAUCAAAUCUGGUGUUCAGAUAGUAUGCAAAGUAAAACACAAAUACACAAAUCUAGAUUACUAAACUAUUUACCAAAAACUAUUUACUAUUACUAAAAAUGGUAUUUGUGUUCUAUCCAGGCCUUGUUUUACCAUACUUGGACACAGCAAUUCCAUACUUGAACUGUCAAUAAAACAACCCAAGUAAAUAUGCAAAUUAGAUUGUAGUCAUAAGACCAAGAAAUCAUCAUGUGUGUGUGUUUAGAUGGAUAAAUGUAGCAAUCCUUCAAUUUGUUUUGGAAUGUGUUUUAACAAUUUAUAAUUCACAAAAAUGUAGACAACUCACAUAAUAUAAAUUUCUACUGAAGAAAAGACUAUCAAUAUUUUUAAAGUCAAUUGGUAUGCAUAUUAUUAAUUGAUUGAUUUACAUAUCUAAUGAUUAACCACAUUCUGGAUUAAAUACUGAUACUAUAAUUUACAUUAGUGUUUUUCUGAAUUUCUUGUGUCAGCGAAAAGACCUGCUGUCCUACAACACAGGUCACAGUAAAUUUCACACAAUUUUGUCAUGUGCAUGAAUGCCGUAAAUUCAUUAAAUUGUGAAAGUUCAUAGCAGUGAAAAUGGUUUACAGUUUGUAAUAAGAGUGAUAACUUCUCAUUGUGACUCUGAUAACUGUUGUAAGGCUAUACUUGUGAACCUAACCCAUCUAUUUAUUGGACCAUUGAUAAGUAACUUAUAUUUUGAGUUUACUGGAUUGAAAAAAUAUAUAUGUAUUUGUGGAGUGAGUUAUACAGCAACCUGGAAAUAAACUAUUUUUAUUUCUCAUCUCAUCUCAAGAAAACUGAAUAAAUGUAGAUAAACUGUUAAAUAUGAAUAUCAUUGUUUUAAAAGGAAGGGGGUUGCCACCUGUGCACAUGCAAGAAAUGAGUCCUAAGCAAUGAUAACAAUGCACGCUAGAAAAGCAAAGGCUUGUCGGUAAACACAUGUUUUUAAACAAAGAAACACUAUGUUUGUCUGCCAUAUGCACAGGUGACGACUCACAUGCUUUAAUUAUUGGUCUUUCUAUAGAUGGUUCUAGACAUAAACUAAAUUUUAUUCAAACAGUGUUGUACAUCUUUUAGACAAUGGUUAUUAAGGUGCACAGAAUAUUCAAUAUUGCACCCAAAAAAGACUGUGGUGAUGACACAUUCUUGUUUUUGAAACUACCCUUAAGUACUUCUUGGUACAUGCAUGCAGAUCAUUAUAUAGUUGACUGCAUGGAGUAAUUCACACCUCAACAAAUGGUCACUUCUAGACUGCUCUAUGACAUGUAACUGAUAAUAGUGAUUGUCCACUGUCAAUUAACUGCUUAUAAUAUAAAUGUAUCUUUUCAUGUGACUAUCAUAUUUGCUCUAUUAGUAGCACUUGAAAUACAGACAUGUUUCAUGUGAUGGUCUAAAUAAGUACAGUAUUUGUUCUAUUAGAAGUCCUUCCAGUGAAACAAAUAUAAACCAAAAAUCACAUUUGUUUUGUACUGAAUCAUUAAAAUAUUUAUUUUUGAAAAUAGAAAUUUACAUGAGUGCAUGCACUACUAAUGGAAUGAAUACAGUUUGAUAAUUCAGUAUACAACAAAAGUAUUUUCUGUUUUAUAUGCACUUCUAACAAUGGGAAAUUCUUCAGAUGGAAUUCGAUUUUUGUUUUAUUUAUGGUUCAGUGUCUUGAUGAUGCCCUGUCCAAUACUGAAACUUUAAUCACAUCAACACAAACCAUAUCUUAUGAAUACUGUAACUGUUAAAAAAAUGAUAUUAUAUGUCAAAUCACAUGUUUCCAAUAAAAUAAAG